GUUGGUUCAAUGCCUCGAGUACCUCCCGGCCUGCUGCAACUGCUGGCGCGUCCUCCGCGUCUCUCUACUGUGUUAUCUCUCUCACGGCCUCGCACUCUUCAGCACCACAAUGCUCCCAUAAUAUCCUUCGCCAGAGCCAUCCCCUUCCUUGCGCAAUCCCUCGCCAACCCUUCACCCACCCUAGGAUCCUUGCAGCAGCUCCGUUUCGCCCAGAUGGGCACUGAAUAUCAGCCGUCACAGAGAAAGAGGAAGCGUAGACAUGGCUUUCUGGCACGGCUCAAGUCCCGAGGAGGAAGGAAGAUAUUAGCUAGGCGCAGGGCGAAGCACAGGAAAUAUCUCUCGCAUUGAGGGAAAUUGCUUCAUUGCCAAUGUGUCUAUUACAACUCUUCCAUAUUGAAUACGUAUAUGAAGCUAUCUACUUAUUGAUUAAGAACGUGAGUGUAUACGGCAAUGAAGCGACCUCUGGACCACAUCUGCUACCUCCAU